AUGGGCUGGAAUGGAGAAUCCCCUCUGAAGGGGGUGUUUGGAGAGAUCCAGAGCUGCCUCAUGGACCGGGAGGUGGCUCUGCUGGCCGAGAUGGACAAAGUCAAGGGCAGAAGCAAUGGAGCUGCUCUCCCUGCGGCAGCGCCGGGCCGAGCCCUGCGGGAGCUGACGGAGGCGGCCCCGGGGAUGUCGGAGGAGCAGCUGCAGGAGCUGAGGGCUGACAUCAAGCACUUUGUGAGCGAGCGCAAGUUCGAUGAGGAGCUGGGCCGGGCCGGGCGCUUCGGCUGCGACCUCGAGGCCCUGAGGGGCAGCAUCGGCGCCUUCGGGCAAGUUUCCCACCCCAGGCCCAGCUAUUCCAGCCGCUCCCGCUGCAGCUCCAGCCCCGGAUCCACAGCGGGAUCAGCAACAACGGGAUCAACAACGGGAUCAACAAUGGGAUCAACAAUGGGAUCAACCACAACAUUCCCAACGGGAUCAACAUUGGGAGCAGCCCCAGGAUCCCCCCCAGGAGCCCCAGAAUUCCCAACGGGAUCGGGAUCGGCUCCGGGAUCGGCCCCGGGAUCCCCCCAGGGCGGCGCCGCCCCAACGGAGCCACCCCCCCGAGCCCACAGAUCUGGGAUGUCCCUCAGGAAUUUGGGAUGUUCCCUGUAG